AUGCCCGCAGAGAAGCACUCUGAGCUUAAGUUCCAGAAUGUAGAGGAGGUUAAACUUGCACUCUCUUCACUGACCCCAGAAGAAUCUUCAUUAAAGGAGUCUCUCCUCAGAUGCUACAUUCUUAACUUAAUUAUGUACAAUCAGUUGGAGGAGACACAUCCCAUAAAAAAAACACUUAUCACACUCAGCGUAUACAUUGACUUAGUGGACAAAGCAAGCAAGGCAGACCAGCCAGCAGGCUCAAAUAUCAUCCAGCAAGCAGAGGAAGAGCUCAUGCCAGAGGAAGAAGCAGCCCUCAGAAGACCAAUUGAUUUCGCAAUGGAGAAGAACAGGGUCUACACAGAAAGACACAAAAGUGUAAAACCAGAGAAAAGGAAUCCCAGGCUGAAAAACAAGAGAAAGUACGAGAAUGCACACGAUCUAGCAGACAGAGUCAGAAAGGAGCACAAUGUUCAAAGGAAAUGA